CUCCUGUCUCGGUUCGACGCAAACGAGGUAAAAGAAUUGGUUUAGAACUUGAAAAACCAAGCGGUGCAAAAGUUAUGCGGUGCUCUUCAAAAACACACAGUAAGGCUUCUACAAACAAUUAAGUGAAGUCAGUGCCUUUAGUAUAGUAGAAUCAGUGUUUCAUUCGAGCGAAAAAUGGGAAACAAGGUAUCUUCUUUGUUUUACAAGCUUAAGAAACCUAAAGAUCGGUUUUUUCAUUCAAAGGGCAUCAAUGAUGAUGAUGAUGUAUUCUUCACACCCAAGUCAGUUAACACAGACAGUAAUGAAGAAGAUCAUCAAAACCCUGAAAUUCAAGAGGUAUUGCUGUCUUCUGAUUCUGAAACUGAAAAUACUGAUUCUCCAAUUUUCGUUUGUGAAAUUUGUAUUAAGAGGAAGACCUUAAGUGACUCCUUCAAUUUCAAGGGUUGCACACACUUCUACUGUACUAACUGUAUUGUUAGAUACGUUGCUUCCAAGCUUGACGAUAAUUUUAUGAACAUUUCUUGCCCUGUAUCAGACUGUCAAGGCGUGUUAGACCCUGAUUUCUGCCGGUACAUCCUUCCGAAGGGUCUGUUUGAUAGGUGGGGUAUCGCUUUAUGCGAGUCUAUGAUUGAUGGGUCCCAGAAAUUUUACUGUCCUUAUAGGGAUUGCUCGGCCCUCCUGAUUAAUGAUACAGGCGUGGAAGUUGAAGAUACAGAGUCAACGUGCCCUGUUUGCAAAAGAGGAUUUUGCGUUAAGUGUAAGGUUUCCUGGCAUUCUGAGAUUGGUUGUGAAAAGUUCCAGAAAUUGAGGAAGAAAGGCGAUGAUAAUUUGUUGAUUGAUCUUGCAAAGAGGAAGAACUGGAAAAGGUGUCCAAAGUGCAAAUUCUUUGUGGAAAGAUCAGUUGGUUGCUUCUAUAUGAAGUGCAGGUGCGGAUAUGCGUUCUGUUACAAGUGUGGUGCUCGCUCAAGCACUACCACCCAUGCUUGCCCCAAAUGUAAGUAUUGAACGUGCAGAAACUUAAACAUUUCCUUAUGCUAGUUCAAACACCAUUGUACAUAUGGGGCUUUUAAAUUUAAUGUAAAUGGUUUUACAAUUGUUAUACUUCAAAUAUUUGAAUGAUAGUAAGUACCGGUUUGAAGAUGGUCGUUGAAGUUAUAGCAGUAACUCUGAGUUAUGAGUAGUGGAAUGAUGUAGUCAUUUAGCUAUCUUGAGUUCUAUGAUCAUCUAUUUUCUAGCUUUGGUCUAAAUCUAGCUCAUUCAUCAACUAUCUAAGCUUUCUUCUUUCAUUUCUUUUCUUGUCGAAACCAUGGAAAUUUUUAAAGGGGAAAUGAUUGUAGAUAUGCAUUAAUC